AAAACAGUUGCAGUUGGAGAUGUUCACAUUAAAGCUGAAAGGGUUUCCACAAAGUGAUCAUUGGUACCACAGUUGUAAAACAUUCUGUAGAAGGAGGCAUCCGUCAUCGAGAAGGCUUACCAGUCCUGUCCCAAGAUGCUCAGUUUGGACUCACUAAGAUUUGACAAUCUCCCCUUUAAUUGCUCACAGUAUCCAGAUAUGAUGCUUCAGGAAUUGGAAGCUUUUCCUAAACACCAUAAUAACUUCCCACAGACCAACGAGGCUGAUCCUCACAUAGACUUUGUGAACUGGAUUGAGCCACAAGUUAUUGAGAGUGAUCAACUUACAUCACUCUGGAACGUCCAGAUGCCUUAUCCCCAGGAAGCCUACCCCCACUACGGCCAAAAUCUAGAUGGCACAGCACCUUGUCCAACACCAUGCCCAAUGCCAGAAGAGCUGUACAACACUGAGAUAAUCAACUUAUACCCACAGGCCUAUCAGUUACUGUGCAAUGUCAGCAGCCAAUCACUGUCCGAGGAAGAAGACUUUCGGGAGAUACCAAGUCUAGAGGUGUCAGAUAGCGACACUGAUGAUUCGCAAGCAUGCUAUGAACCGGGUGUUGAAGGUGUUCGUAAGAAGGUUCGAUUGUACAAAUUUCUUCUGGAACUCCUACAGAAUGGCGACAUGCGAGAUUGCAUAUGGUGGUUGGACCGUGAGAGGGGGACCUUCCAAUUUUCAUCCAAGCACAAAGAAGUGCUUGCUCAUCGAUGGGGUCAGCAAAAAGGAAAUCGCAAAAAAAUGACUUACCAGAAGAUGGCACGUGCUCUGAGGAACUAUGGCAAGACUGGAGAGAUCAGGAAAGUCAAGAAGAAGCUGACUUAUCAGUUUGACAGUGUGUUGCUCGGUGACAGGAAGACAGAGACCACCAUCCAUUCACACUUGUAAGCCAUCCAGCACUUCCCAAGACUCUGUUCUUGCAGCUUUUUUUGUAUCUGAAAAGUUUAGCGGGCAUUAUGCUAUCAAGUAAAUUUGACUAACUACAUUAUCAGUAGCAUCGCUGAAUGGCAGUCCACAGGGGCAUAUUCACUAACUAAUGGCUGGAUGGAAGGGAAGGAGCAAGCUUUGGCAAUCGAUCUUCUUCACUUGUGGUGUAUGGCUUUCUGAAGGACUCUGUAUAGAAAAACCAAAAGCAAAGCAAUGACUUGUACAAGAAAAUAAACUCUUUACGGAGAUUUGACCACAAAUAAAUAGAUGCAUGAUAUCAUUGGAUAUUUUUAUGCAAACAAAAUGUUCUGUGCCAUCUAUAACUGCCAGUGCUUUUUAAUCAUCUGGCUUCUAUGUGCUAUUGAAUAAUGGUAACUAAAUAUAUUCCUUCUUUUUUAAGCUUUUUUUUAAGCUACAUACAUUUUUAGAGAUAGUAGUUUUGUUACAGUAGGAUACAACACAGUCCCAGUAUGCUCUCCAGCAUAAAUGUGUUAUUUUAUGGCAUGUACAAAAAACACAUUUUCUUGUCUUUAGAAAGUUACUAUGAUAACACAAUGUAGCUAGAGUAAUAGCAAUGUGUUCAGUAGAUGUUACAAAACAAAACAUGUACCAUCUAUAGUCAUCUGAAGGUGGAAACCUCUUUUAAGUCUUUAAACUACCAGUUAUUUAUGUGGAUAUUACUGAUAGUGUGACUUUGUUAAAACAAAUCUUCAUCAACCCCAUAGGAAUUUGCCAAGAAUUGAAUGGAUCAUAUGGAUCCGCCACAACUUUUUUUUUUAAUGGUGGCUUCUAAGGUGCAGAGUUGAAGACUAGCCCUGCCACUAACCAUGUUCUUCCUUAUCUUAUUAUUGUGUACAGGUUUGGCUUUUCGGGUGAUGCCAUUUAAUUCUUCACAUAUCUUUCUCAUUUCCUUUCUUCCAUAUUGGAUAGAUUAGGGAUAAGUCGUAAACAAAUACUAAUCAUUUAGACUGUCUGUACAAGUAAUAUUAUUUUAAACAGAGCAUGGGUCAUUUUAAUUCAUAAACCAAUAGCUUGUCAAUUUUUUAAUUUUUAUAAAAUCAAUGAGACAAGACGGCCAUAAGUUUUAAUCAAAUUAUGAUGGACUAGGAAAGUGACAUUACUGAAGCCAUUUUGGUAAUAAAAUCUUCACUGCUAUCACUUUCUGUUGAACAGAUAGGUCACAUUUUCAUGAAUGUUGAUUAAGUCUAAAAUAUGGCUGCUGCUACUAUGAGUGCAUUUGCUAUUCUUCAAGAGUAUAUAUAUUAAAAUUAAUAAAUGUAUGAUUAAAUUUGAUCAAUCUUUGUAUGGAGCCCACUAAGGUGCAGCCUUUUAAAUUGAUUUUAUUUUUUAAAACAACUUGCAUUGAAGUCAAACUGUAGACAGACAUUCAAACCAACAAAACCUGAAAGGUCUUAUUUAUGAGCAGUGUGCUAAAUGAAAAAUAGUACAUAGCAACCAUUCAGCUUCCAACUGUUAUUUCAACAGUCCAGAGUUGAAAAUUAAACAAGGAUUCAUUUUUUUCUAACACACUUUUUACACAUAAGCCCUGGGGGCUUGUAUAAAUACAUUCCUACCCUUGCGCUAUAUGUAAGGUAUUUGUCAUGCAAUAGGGCGCACAAUCUGUAACUCUAAUAAGAAUUGGUGGUGCCCAUCAGUAAUGGCAACAUCACCCUGAGCUACUGCGCUUUGGCAUGCAGGAUUUUUGGUGCACUAUCAUAAAAUGUGCCAAAUCUGUGAAUAAAAAUAAAAAAGUCUAUGGCAAAGUGAGACUUACCUGCACCAAAACUGCAGGUACGCAAUGCUACACCUGCCCUGUGGCCAAAGCGCAGUGGGACAGUGUGAAGCUGCCCUAAGAAGAUGUGCUAUCACAGGCCAAGAGUUCAGAAAAUUUAUAAAACUUCAUUCAAAUUUUUAAAGAAGAGUGUAGCUCCCUUGAGGAGUGCUGUUGCAGUGGAACAAAGAAGGGUGACUAUGUCAGAGUAGAUUGUCCUAUUUCUUUCUCUACAAUCAGCAACAUUUUAUUGUUUCCUUAGUCACAAUGGAAUACAAGCAAUGAUUGAUAUUUACAAACUUAAUUUGCUAUACUGCCUUAUAAUAUGAACAUUGUUAUAGGUUUUAUGUAUAUAUUUGUGAAAAAAGUAUGUUAAUAUAUAAAUAGAUGUAAAUUGUCAUCCAUUUUUCCAAAUAAAUUGAGUGAGUGUGUGUUAAA